ACCACUGUGCGACUCUUCAUGAGUAGUUUGAAACAUGGCAGAUUUGGUGGCUCUGUUCACGUCAGUUGGUCUUAGUGAGCAAAAAGCUAAAGAAACCUUGAAAAAUGAAGCCCUCAGUUCGGCUCUCAAGGACGCUAUAUCUCAGGCACAGACCAUCUUCGGAUCCGCGCCUAUUGACAAGGCCAUGGGUACCCUCCUGUACAGCAUGGCUUCUCGGCUUCGGGAUACACGCCGACUGCCUUUCCUCACGGAACACAUAGUCAAACGCAAGAUAAACACAGAACUGCAGCUGUCAGCGGCUCUGGACUUUAUCAAGGGCCACCCUGAAGACCCAUUGGACCAGAAAGCCUUUGAGACCGCCUGUGGUGUGGGCGUGGUCAUUACACCUGAGCAGAUUGAAGAUGCGGUUGAGCUGGUGAUCAGAAAACAUAAAGAUGAGCUCCUCAAAGAAAGAUAUCGCUUCAAUAUGGGUCUACUCAUGGUGGAGGCCCGAACUGCCCUGAAAUGGGCUGAUGGAAAGACGAUAAAGAAUGAGGUGGACAUGCAGGUCUUACACCUCCUGGGCCCAAAGACUGAGGCAGACCUGGAGAAGAAACCCAAGGUAGCCAAAGCCAAAAUCCCAGAGAAGGAAAAACAAGAGGAACAAGUGGCAGUUAAUGGUGAAGUAAAAAUGGAGAGCAAGUCUCUGAUGGAGCAGCUGAGAGGAGAGGCCCUGAAGUUUCAUAAACCAGGUGAGAAUUACAAGACAGAGGGCUAUGUCAUGACCCCAAACACCAUGAACCUGUUGAAGCAGCACCUGGAGAUCACUGGGGGACAGGUCCGCACUCGCUUCCCUCCAGAACCCAACGGUAUUCUACACAUCGGCCACGCUAAAGCCAUCAACUUUAACUUCGGUUACGCCAAGGCUAAUGAUGGGAUUUGCUUCCUGCGCUAUGACGACACAAACCCAGAGAAAGAGGAGGAGAAAUACUUCACAGCCAUCAGAGAGAUGGUGGAGUGGCUUGGUUAUAAGCCAUAUGCCAUCACUCAUGCCUCUGAUAAUUUCCAGCGUCUUUAUGAACUGGCUGUGGAGCUGAUUCGCAGGGGUCAUGCGUAUGUGUGUCAUCAGCGUGGGGAGGAGCUGAAGGGUCAUAAUGUGGCAGUGUCUCCGUGGAGGGAGCGGCCGGUGGAGGAGUCACUGGUUCUGUUUGAGAGGAUGAGGAAAGGCCUGUUCGCUGAGGGAGAGGCCACACUCAGGAUGAAACUGGUCAUGGAGGACGGAAAGAUGGACCCAGUGGCUUACCGCAUCAAAUACACACCUCACCACAGGACUGGUGACACCUGGUGUAUAUACCCCACGUAUGACUAUACCCACUGUCUCUGUGACUCCAUCGAACACAUUACUCACUCGCUCUGUACCAAAGAGUUCCAGGCUAGACGGUCAUCAUAUUUCUGGCUGUGUAAUGCUCUGGAUGUGUACUGCCCUGUGCAGUGGGAGUAUGGAAGAUUAAACCUUACUUACACAGUCGUCUCCAAGAGGAAAAUCAUCAAACUGGUGGAGACUGGAGCUGUCAGAGACUGGGACGACCCCCGACUCUUCACACUCACUGCUCUGAGGAGGCGGGGCUUCCCUCCACAGGCCAUCAACAACUUCUGUGCGCGGGUGGGAGUGACAGUUGCUCAGACGACGAUGGAGCCCCACCUGUUGGAGGCGUGCGUGAGGGAGGUGUUAAACGACACUGCUCCCCGAGCCAUGGCUGUCCUCGAACCUCUGAAAGUCACCAUCACCAACUUACCACCGACUGCACAGAGGGAUGUACGAGUUCCAGAUUUUCCUGCUAACGAGGCGAAGGGCAACCAUGUUGUUCCGUUCUCAAAAACCAUCUUCAUCGAGCAGACUGACUUUAAAGAGGUUACAGAAAAGGGCUACAAGCGCCUGACACCUGAUCAGCCUGUCGGUUUGAGGCAUGCUGGUUAUGUCAUCUCGGUGCAACGAGUCAUCAAGGAUGGCAGUGGGAAGGUGGUUGAGUUAGAGGUGACAUGCGCCAGCUCUGACUCUGUCGAAAAACCUAAAGCAUUCAUCCACUGGGUCAGCCAGCCCCUGCAGUGUGAAGUGCGCCUUUAUGAAAGACUGUUCUUACACAAAAACCCAGAGGACCCAGCUGAGGUCCCCGCUGGCUUCCUGAGUGACAUUAACCCUAAUUCCCUGCAAGUGAUUGACUGUGCCUUAGUGGAUCUCUCAGUGGCCAAGGCCAAAGUCUUUGACAAGUUCCAGUUUGAGCGACUGGGUUAUUUCUCCUUGGAUCCUGACAGUACAGCUGAAAAGCUCAUUUUCAACAGAACAGUGACACUCAAGGAGGACCCAGGGAAGAUCUGAUUGGACGAAACAGAAGUAAAGCCCAUGUGGCCAAUGAGCAAAGAGCCAUAUCUGUGUCGGUUUCUGGAUCUCCACCUCUGCUCACGCGACUGUUUUUUUGCGAUCAGUAUGAAAUGUAUUCCCAUUCUCUGUGAAGGCAUGUGAGAAGGGUGUGUGUGUGCUGAGCAGGUCAAACACAGGUGCGCUGUUUAUUUUACCUGGCAGGUCACCUUUUAUAAACACUUUACAUACCUCUGGGCAUUUGUUAUGGUGGAGGGGAGAUCCAUUUGAAAUUUGGAAUAAAAUUUAUUUAAUCAAAGCUU